CUGGGUCUGGAUACGUCAAUCUGAUGACACCAAUUCACAGUGCUAUUCAAUGCCAUGUGAGUCAUUCGUUGCUCAGACUUGUAAUAAUUAUUCAGACGCUUCCUCCUUGGCUGCAGCACGCGCUCUCUCGCCGUUGCACUGUCGGGCACGCGCUAGUACAGCUCUGCUCGAGAUCACCUGAGCAUCAGCAUCAGAAUCAGACAAGACAAUCUCUGCUUCAGACCCCAGACCCGGUGGACGUUUCUAGGGGAAAAAUGAGACUGUCGGUCGCUUUUCGCCAUGUACAUCGGAGCCACGCCAGCAUUCGACGAGCACGAGCGGGUGUCCAAGUAUUAAACUCGGAGAACAGACUCAUAACGUUAGCUGAUAAAAGCGCGGUUUCUUAUCCAUGGAUUCGGGAGGCUAGUUCGACCAGCGGGACAGGUGAAACAGUAACGAGUUUAAAAAGUCAUCCACGAAAAAACGAUGGACCGCUGUAUCAAAGUGCUGUUAGUGACAUUGUUCAGAAGUGCAGAGAGGAGCUCAAAGCUAUCAGAGAAACCAACCCAGACCUCAAACCUACAUUGGCUAUCAUACAGGCUGGUGAAGAUGACGGUUUGCUGGAGGUGAAUAAGAAGAUGGCUGGACAGAUUGGAUUGAACGUUAUGCAGAUUUGUCUUCCACACCAGUGCACAGAGGACGAGGUGAUUGACGAGAUCUUGAGAUUAAAUGAGGAUUCUCGUGUUCAUGGCAUUUUUUUGCACCUUCCUCAGUCCUUUCUCUCCAGAAGUGUCCGUAAUGCCAUUAAGCCACAGAAAGAUGUGGAUGGGGUCUCUGAUCUUAAUGUUGGCCGUGUGGUGUUGGGGGAUCAGAGAGACGGCUUUGCUUCACCUGUAGCUGGAGCUGUGCUGGAGAUGCUUGCCAGGCACGAUGCCCCAUUGAUUGGUAAGAUGGCAGUGCUGGUGGGUGUUGAGGGACCCCUGAAGGCAACUAUUCAAUGUUUGUUGCAAAACAAUGGCAUGAUGGUGCAGACCUGCCAGUGGAGCUCAAAGCACUUGGAAAAACAGAUCAUGGAUUCGGAUGUGGUGAUAUUGUUAGAGACCGACCACAAGAGCUUCCCACCCACUUGGAUAAGACCCGGGGUGGCAGUCAUCAACCUCAGCUCAGCCCUAAUGGAAGAACACCCUGACAGUUGGGAGCACAGGGCUGAAGCUGAAUCUGGUGCAGGAGUUGGGCCUCUAAGUGCUGCGCUAAGAAUGCAGCAUGUAGUGAGGAGCAGCAGGAGGUGGAUAAAAGAACAGCAGUACCAGCCGUGGAGGCUCCGCCCACUAAAACUCCAGCCACUCUCUCCUGUGCCUAGUGAUAUAGAGAUCUCCAGGGCACAGACUCCCAAACCCAUAUCCCAGCUGGCUCAGGAGAUUGGGCUGCUUCCAGAGGAGCUGGAGGCCUACGGAAACACCAAAGCCAAAGUCCAUUUGUCCCUCCUCAACCGCCUCCAACAUCAGCCUAAUGGCAAAUAUGUCCUGGUGGCAGGUAUAACUCCCACUCCUCUGGGUGAGGGGAAGAGUACAGUGACCACAGGUCUAGUUCAGGCCCUCUCCGCUCAUCUUAAGCUCAACUCUUUUGCUUGCCUGCGACAGCCUUCCCAGGGCCCAACGUUUGGUGUCAAAGGAGGAGCGGCGGGUGGGGGAUAUGCGCAGGUCAUUCCUAUGGAGGAGUUUAAUCUCCACCUCACAGGAGACAUCCACGCUAUAACCGCAGCCAAUAAUCUAGUGGCGGCAGCUAUCGAUGCCCGCAUUCUCCAUGAAUCUACUCAAUCAGACAAGGCCAUGUACAGAAGACUAGUGCCGUCUGUUAAUGGCGUGAGAUGUUUCUCUCCUAUACAGAUGGCUCGCCUACAACGUCUUGGAAUAAACAAAUCUGACCCCAGUGACCUCACACCAGAAGAGGUCAGGGCAUUUGUCCGUCUUGACCUUGACCCUGAGAAGGUCACAUGGCAGAGAGUUGUUGAUACCAAUGACCGAUUUCUGCGUAAGAUCACUGUUGGCCAGGCUCACACUGAAAAAGGCCAUGCUCGCCAGACCCAGUUUGAUAUUGCGGUGGCCAGUGAGAUCAUGGCUAUCCUUGCUCUGACAGAUGGACUGGCUGAUAUGCGGGCCAGGCUUGGACAUAUGGUUGUGGGCAGCAACAGAAAUGGCCAGCCGAUCACUGCAGAUGACUUGGGUGUAACCGGGGCUUUGGCAGUCCUCAUGAAAGAUGCUAUCAAACCCACACUGAUGCAGACACUGGAGGGCACUCCAGUGUUUGUGCAUGCUGGACCUUUUGCUAACAUCGCCCAUGGAAACUCCUCUGUCUUGGCAGACAAGUUGGCUCUUAAACUAGUUGGAGAAGAGGGCUUUGUUGUGACGGAGGCUGGCUUUGGUGCAGACAUUGGCAUGGAGAAGUUCUUCAACAUUAAGUGUCGAACAUCUGGGCUGAAGCCUGAUGUUGUGGUGCUUGUAGCCACUGUACGGGCAUUGAAGAUGCAUGGAGGUGGACCAAAUGUUACAGCUGGUGUACCAUUGCCUAAAGAAUAUAUCAAUGAGAAUUUGCAGCUGGUUGCAGACGGAUGCAGUAACCUGAAGAAGCAGAUUCAGAUCGCUCAUCUCUUUGGAGUCCCUGUGGUUGUUGCUCUGAAUGUCUUCAAGACUGACACUCAAGCAGAGAUCGAGCUGGUGUGUCGCAUCGCAGAGGCUUCUGGGGCCUCAGCUGCUGUGCAGUGUCAUCAUUGGUCCAGAGGUGGGCGGGGCUCUGUGGAGCUGGCACAAGCUGUGAAGAAAGUAGCAUCUCAGAAGAACAAUUUCCAAUUCCUGUACAAUCUCCAGGAUUCUAUUGUAGAGAAAAUUCGGACUAUUGCACAGAAGGUCUAUGGUGCUGAUGAUAUUGAGCUUUCACCUGAGGCUCAAGCUAAGAUAGACUACUACAAUCAACAGGGUUUUGGUGCUCUUCCCAUCUGCAUGGCCAAGACCCACCUGUCUCUCUCUCAUAUGCCUGAGAAAAAAGGUGUUCCCACAGGUUUUAUCCUGCCGAUCAGAGACAUCCGUGCCAGCAUCGGGGCAGGCUUUAUCUACCCUUUAGUUGGAACUAUGAGCACCAUGCCAGGCUUGCCUACACGACCCUGUUUCUAUGACAUUGACCUUGAUCCUGUGACGGAGGAGAUAAAAGGACUCUUCUGAAGACAUGUCUGCAGUCUCACACAUGCUUUUAACCAGUGUUCCUCAGUGUCCGUGUAGGCCUCCAUUCAUAUGCCACUGAAUACAGCUCAUCCGCUGCCUUCUAGCAGUGAAACCACUGAGUGUUAGAUUGACAAACAUUCCUUCUUAUGUUUUGCACAGGGCAUUUUUUUUUUUUACCAAAUUUAACUCCAAAAUGUUAUCUACUCCAUGAAUUGUGUACUUAGCAGUGGCUUCUUGUUUUUCCAAAAAUAAUAAUAAUAAUAAUAAUUUGUAGUUGUAGGUUUGGAGACUUGGAGUUUGGAGUUUUAGACUUUACAUUUCAUUUUUCUUUCUGUAAACACUUCUGUUUACAUAGUGUUUUAGAGUUUACAAUUUAAUGACGCACAAAAGUUUUUAAACUCAUUCUAUAUAGCUAAACAUUCAAUUAAUAUUUCUGUCUUAAAUGGUUCAGAUUUCCUAUGCAAUAUGGUAACAGUAUUGAAAAAAAACUCCAUUUCUUUUCAUUUGAAUACUGUUACUAUUCUUCUUGUGUAGCAUUAAACAGUUUCAGAUGUUUUUUAUAGACAAAUAUGCCAUGUAUCUUAAGUCUGAGAUGCUUUUAUUUAGAAACUACACAAAACAAAAUUACAAGUGGUGUUAGUGGUUUGACACCUGUUUUCUCUCUCUCUCUCUCUCUCUGUUAUAAAUGAAUUGUUGCAUAGAUCUCUCUACCUGUGAAUGCACAUUUUCAGCAUGCAUGUGGGUACAUGCCAGAAAGUCUUGUUUGAGACGUUCCACUGUUAUCUGUUAUUCUGAGUCUUAAACUACAGUGCUACGUGAGUAAAGAAGAAUUCCAUUGACUGUUGCAAUAGAUAUGUAUGCUUGAAAACCUGUAUUUCCCCCAGUGAUGAUAGAUUCUACAGUGAAAAAGGCAGUCAGAAAAAGAUGACUAGCCAGACAAAAAUAAAACAACAGUACUGAA